AUGCUCUCUUUAAACCAGGGUGUUGGAUCUGCUCUGAAGUAUUCUCAGUUCCGAAAUGUAAAACAUUUUUCUGCAUGGAUCAAUCGCGCGAAAGCCGAUGCAGAUACCUCGAUAUCAUCCAAUGUUGAUGCGGAAAAGUUAUUCAUCGACCACGAUGUUCAGUCGCUCUUAUCAGAUCUUACUGGUUUAGAUUUAGAGAAGAAAGUAUUCCGAGAGCGUAGAACAGGGUAUCAGCAGAGAUCUCACUUUGCUUUAAUGACGGAAGAACGUCUCGAGAAGACUUUCGAAAAAAUGCGUGAAGAAGCAAAGCACUUCCUUCAAUUCGUUCCGCUUAAAGAGCCUAGACCUGCCAGGGUAGAGGUAUUAUCGCAAGACUCAGAUAUUGAAGGUUUCGAUAAGAGUAAAUAUGUUUUCACUGAUAUAACUUUCGAUGCUACUGAUCAGGACCGUACUGUUGUCGUCCGUGAAGUAGAUGGAACUUUACGUACUGCUACUCCAUCAGAGCAUGAUCGCAUGAACAGAACGUAUUAUGAAAAAACAAACCGUCCUGUUUUCUCUCCCCCUGUGUUUGAGGAUCCCAAUUUACAAAAUGCCUUAGAAAGAGAUGAACACGAGUUCGUCCUUGAUUGGGCCUGCUGGUUCUACGAACCUGAUGACCCAAGUUUUGUUAGAUUAUCCCAAAAUGUUUUCGACAAAAUCGUUGACACUCAGAAGUUUGAUGUGCUUCAUUCUACUCGCCACUUUGGUCCUUUCGUUUUCUAUUUGGCUUUGAACGGGAAUAUCCCACCCUUAUUAAACCAUUUAGGAGGGCAGGGGAGGUUACGAGACUGUGCCAACCUUAUUCGUUUACAAAAAACUCUUCAUCCAAAUUGGAGAGUCACAAUUAGCAGUAGUGAUUCUGAUGAGAAAAUAGUCAAAGAUUACUUGAAAGAGAAUAAUCGUCAAAAGGAUCAGCUCAAAGACCUCACCGCAUAUUUGAACGAUGGAAUAGUGAAGUCUGAAAGAAAGGCGAAGAAGACUUUCAAUCAAAAGAAAACAGUUACAGCUCAGACCUCUAUAAAUGCAAAUAAUGUUGACUCUUCCGAAGGACCUUUGGGAGAACUAAGUGAUGAAUAUAAAGUUAAUGUUGUUAAAGAUGCUGAGGGGCCCACUAAAGAAAGAAGACCUUUCAAGAAAGACACAAUACGCAAAAGAGAUCCAAAGAAAUGA